CCCAGAACUAAUGUUUAUUGGUAUUGUAUGUGAUACGGGACGUGAUAGGUAGAAGUGAGUCCAAUACAUCAAACAACGUUAUUAUAUCAUACUAUAAUAUUAGGAUUCGUUGUGGUUCAACAAUCGUAUAUAAAUGUUGAUUCGAAUGAACCCGGAACACACUAGUCAUGCUAUUACACAUACUACUUGUUAUUGUCUACCAGUAUACCGCCCAGUUUACUAAUGGCGAUGCGGGAGAGAGCCCUAUUGUAAGAAAUCCGAUCUUUGUUGACGUUUUACCUGGCUUAACAAUACGACGUCGUCAUUCUUAUUCACUUCCGGUAUUGAAGUGAAUCGCUGAGAUCGGUUUCGAAUGCAGGAACAUAAUUACAGUAGUGAGAAUCUACUAACAAAUCGUAUUUAGUAGAUAUAAUAGAAGAGUUUCCACGGGCCUCCGUUUCCCGUUUAACUAUACUGUAUAUAAUAAGCUGAGGAGGAGCAAAGAUGGCGAAUCAACAAAGGAACAGAAACACGGCUAAAGUAAGCAUGUGUGUCAAAUACACAAUGGUAUUCAUGAACAUCGUAUUUUUCUUUCUUGGUGGUGCCAUUCUUGGGUUCGGCAUCUGGGGCGUAUACUCAAAGGACAUUAGCGCCAUAACCAGUGUCAUUGAGAGUGGUAGUAUUAGCGUAGACCCGCUGUGGGUGUUCAUCACGAUUGGUUGUAUCGUCGUUGUGUUGUCGUCAGUUGGUUGUAUCGGUGCCCUACGGGAAAAUACAACACUGUUGAAUGUUUUCAGAUAUUCUAUGAUACUCAUCCUGCUGUUGGAAGUUGCAGCCGGGGUGCUGGGGUAUUUUUAUCAGGAAGAGGUAAUCGGUUCAAUUGAAAAUUUUGUCAACAGAAGUAUGAUUGAUUAUCAAGACGAUCCCGACACACAGUUCAUUAUAGAUACAAUACAGGAUUAUUUACAGUGCUGUGGCAUAAACGAACCUAAGGAUUGGGAAGUCAACAAAUAUUACGAUUGUAAUGGAAUUGCUAUUGUAACGAAGUGUGGAGUGCCAUUUUCCUGUUGCCACGACGAAGAAGAGGGGGUCGUAAACUACCAGUGUGGCAAUGGAGCUCUUUCUCUUAGUACCGCUGAACAAAGCCAAAUCAUUAAUACAAAAGGCUGCAAAGAGGCCGUCAUCACGUGGUUAACGUCUAACCUUAUAUUCAUAUCGAUUGUGGUUGGCUCGAUGGUUUUACUGGAAAUAGUGGCACUUCAGCUGUCUGUCAGUCUUAUUGGUGACAUAAAAUGGAUAAAGGCCCGUUGGUAACACAUGAGGACCCUCGUUUACGUUUUUUUUUUUUUUUUUAAGAAUUUUAGUAGCCUAAGGGGGGGGGGGGUCUUUCAUUUUUUUCUUCAUAUUCAAGAGCUUACAAAACAUAGAGAAGUCUUUCAUUGUGACCCCACAUCCCUGUAAAGGUUAAGAUUAAAUAAUUGAUGUAUUUAUAAUUUUUGUACAUACACUGUUUUACAUACACUGCAUUGUUUUAAAUUGUAUCAUGAAUAUGAUGAAAAAGAUGAUGACCCCUCUCUUGUAAUUCAAUCAAUCAAUCAAUCCAAUAUUUAUUCAAGAAUAACUUUUCAAAUGUUUAAAUAUAAACAGUUAUUUUUCAAAAGGUCGUGAUCAACUAUAAUUUACUCUUGAAGGAACGUAAAGUAGGAGCAGAACGAAUGUCAUAUGGUUAACUAUUAAUUCCAUAGAACUGCCAAGACUUCUUUUUCUAGUUCGGUAUUUAAUUUUGGCACGUCUAUGAUAAUUUUAGCACAAUACAUGUAAAUAAACAUUUUAACUUAGUAAGUAGACCUUACUGGUUGAACUAUUUCCUGUAAUUCUGUGACAAAAUCCUAUCCACUGUUUAAUUCUGGACCAUAUCUGUCAGAUCAGAUUAUAUAAUUAUUGAUCACUGUGCACCAAUCCACCGUUGUGUCGGUCGACCGUUGGUCGAGCUUAGGCACUGCGUACACAUUUUAUAUUGUUAACACUUGUUGAAUAUUGUAAGCCUAAAAAAUUUUACAUUCCGAUUAUUUUGAAUAUUUAUUAAUAUCACUAAAUUUGAAUGAAUGCAUCGCUUACUAACCAUACGAGAUAUUUAUAUAGAAACUAUAUUUUUAAUGAUAAAAGUUUUAUUUCUAUAUUGUAGUUUUUACCUGAAAUAAAUGUAUAUAUUGUUCAACUGCGUUAA